CGAUGGCCGCCGAGGAGCGAGGCGGAGAGCCCCAGGAUAACAUGGGGAACCACCUCCAGCUAGUGCCCGUAGAGAGUGAGGAAGAGGAUGACAAUGAAAUGGAAGUGGAAGACCAAGAUGGUAAAGAAGCUGAGAAGCCAAACAUCAUUAAUUUUGAUACCAGUUUGCCCACAUCACAUAUGUACCUGGGCUCGGACAUGGAGGAGUUCCACGGCAGGACGGUGCACGAUGACGACAGCUGCCAGGUGAUCCCCGUGCUGCCCCGGGUGAUGGUGAUGCUGAUCCCCGGCCAGACGCUGCCGCUGCAGCUCUUCCGCCCCCAAGAGGUUAGCAUGGUGCGGAAUUUAAUUCAGAAAGACAGAACCUUUGCUGUCCUUGCAUACAGUAAUGCACAUGAGAGGGAAGCACAUUUUGGAACGACAGCAGAAAUCUAUGCCUACAGAGAAGAGCAGGAAUAUGGAGUUGAAACAGUCAAGGUGAAAGCAAUAGGAAGACAGAGGUUCAAGGUGCUUGAAAUACGAACACAAUCAGAUGGAAUCCAGCAGGCCAAAGUUCAGAUCCUGCCUGAACGAGUGCUGCCCCCCACCAUGUCAGCAGUGCAGCUGCAGUCCCUCAGCAGGUGCCAUGUCAUUCCCUCUUCCAAACCCUCCUGGCAGGACAGAGCCAUCAGGCAGUGGUGGCAAAAGUACCAGAAGAGGAAGUUCCACUGUGCAAGUUUGACAUCUUGGCCCCCCUGGCUCUACUCUCUCUAUGAUGCUGAAACCUUGAUGGAAAGAGUCAAGAGGCAGCUCCACGAGUGGGAUGAAAACCUCAAAGAUGAAUCUCUUCCAUCAAACCCAGUAGAUUUUUCUUACAGAGUUGCUGCCUGCCUGCCCAUUGAUGAUGCUUUACGUAUCCAGUUGCUCAAAAUAGGCAGUGCUGUGCAGAGGCUCCGCUGUGAGCUGGAUAUCAUGAACAAAUGUACAUCUCUCUGUUGUAAGCAAUGCCAAGACACAGAAAUAACUACCAAGAAUGAAAUAUUCAGCUUAUCCUUGUGUGGGCCCAUGGCAGCCUAUGUGAAUCCCCAUGGAUACAUCCAUGAAACCCUCACUGUAUAUAAAGCCUCCAACCUGAGUCUCAAUGGACGCCCCUCCACAGAGCACAGCUGGUUCCCUGGGUACGCCUGGACCAUCGCCCAGUGCAGGAUCUGUGGGAGCCACAUGGGCUGGAAGUUCACGGCCACCAGGAAGGAGCUGUCCCCUCCCAAGUUCUGGGGGCUGACGCGCUCGGCGCUGCUGCCGCGCAUUCCCGACGGCGACGGCGACAGCGAGGACUCGGAGCGUGGCCGCUCGCCCCUGCUGUGCCUGUGACACCCCAGGGCCCUGCCCCGAGCUGCUUCCUCAGCCCAGGAACCCCAGGAACCUCUCCCAGCCCCGGGGCACCGGGCUCAGCCAGCUCCCUGGGCUGGCCUGGGGACACCGGGAGUGAAGAUCCACGCGGGACACCGCGAAAUCUGUGAUCCCAGUGGAUACAGUUUGAGACUGGACUUGUGUAAUUCCCAUUUGCAGUGAAGGAAGGGGGAUGGAAACUCAAAUGAAACUAAAAUCCCGCUAAGCAGAGUCUGAUUGAUGCAAUAUUCCCGGGAUGGUAGAUAGCACGUAGCUGCUGUGGAGUGUUUGUUUGCCAUAAUACACUGACCCGUGGUGUGCUGAGAAUCCCUGUUCCUGACCUGAGGUCCUUCAGGUUUGCUGCUUGUGCUGUUUCUCUGCUUCUUGCUGAAUAACCAUGGAAGAGAGAAGCAGCCUGAGAGUUUCUGAGUGUUGGAAUGUGCAAAAGCUGGAAUUGCAGCUGCCUCCCAGCAUGGAAGCCGUGGGGAAGUGUCUCUUCCUUACAAGUUGUCUCAUCUGUUUUGUCCGUUUGACUUUAGAAGUCUUAAAUUUUAAACUGUUGAUAGGAAGUGCACAGGUCAGUCCCAGAGGGUAAAAACAGCAUUGUCAUGUUCUGUUCAGUGUGCUUCAAUUACUUCCCCAAAUUAUUGCUGGUUCAUUUACCAGUGGAGAUGUCCAGGGGUUUGGGAAGGACUCUAAAAUACCCCACUGAGGUAAUUUUUAAGUACUACUUGUUGUGACAAAGGGAAGGAAAAAUCUCUGAUAAUUGUUUUAACUUUCAGAUCAUAAAGUAAAAUUUCACAUUAUCAGGUUAUAAAGAGCAAAAAUAUCAGAAUAAAACAGAAAUAAAGGCAGUGAUUCUUUUGUGGGGAGGUUUCUUGGUAGAUCUUUGGUUUGGUUUUUAUUUUGUCUGUGCUCCACAAAUUGGGUGCCAAACCUGGGGCAGCUUUUCCCACUGAUUUAUUGUUUUUUUUUUUUUUCCCUCUCAGAAUGCACUUUGGUGAUGGCAAUGGAGAUUUUUUUCAGCACUUGUGCACAUAAACACUUGUUUUUCUUGUGAGCUUUUAUCAUUCACUCUUAAUUUUGUCACAGUGAUGUAAAAGUAGUCAGGUUUAAGACGUGAGCCAGUGGUUGCUUGUUCUGUGUCAGGCUCCAGGCAGGUGCAGCAAGGACAGAUGAGCUGAGGGCCAAGGCACACCAGGAGCUGAUUCCUGAUUCCCAUGGCACUCUGGAACCUCCAGCUGGAAAAACUCCCCAAACCACGGCCUUGCUGCUGGGUAUUUGUCAUGCCAGGUAUGUAGAGAUUAAUUGUGUAACUCAGGUUUAGUUCUUUGAAACUUUUCUACCUCUGUGCAGCUUCUGUUCUUCUUAGACACCUUUAAUUCCAUGUGCAGUGCCCUGACUUGGCAGAGAACUGUGAAAAGCAAUAUUUGGGAUGUGGCUCUGAACAAACAGAGGGUGCUGAUAGCUCAUGUUCAUCCAGAAUAAAAAUCUGGACGUUGGUAAUGAUUCAUUAGAAGCUUGGAAAGCCAAGCACUGGUGUGAGAGGGAGGCUCUGAAUGCUCUGUGUUUGUGAAUCCACUGGACCCAGGCUUGGCUUUCCCCCAGCCCUGCACACCUGGGCUCUAUAUUUGGCUUCUUUUGUUACUUUUCCCCUCCAGGUCCCUGCUGUGUGUUGUUCCUGUGACCCUCAGUGGGGUUGGUGGUGGCUCCCAGCACCUUCUGCUGCCUUGCUGGGGACAUUCACUGGGGAAGGGAAUUUCCAAAGGAUUCUCUCAGCUGUCACUGAACUUCUGAAGGUUCAGUUCUUUGGGGUUUUGGCUGAGUCUUUUGGAUUCUCAAUUAACAAUGGCAAUGAUUGAAUCCAGAAUAAGCAUAUUUUUGGUGUUUAGUGUAUAUAGUCAAUUAUAUGCUAUAAUUGAGGUAAGUCAGGAGUAAAUUAACACUUACUAAUUUUGACUGUUGAUGAUGCUGUUCCAUGUGCUUAACCUGUGUGGUGUUUGCUGUAUUGGAGUCCAUGACACUUCCCAGGUUGAAUGCAGUCCUUACAGGGAGGCAUCAGAGUAUCCAGCACUCCAGGCUGUGGAGUUGGGGAUGGUUCCUUACACUGGUUCAUAUUUUCCAUGCUUUUUUCUCUGUUUUGAAGAGAAAACCACUGCUGGGAAUUAGGGAAAAUUUGGAACAUCAGUAUGGAAAAAUAAAGACAAAACUGCUUAGGAGACCUAAUCAAAGGAAACAGAUUUUAUGAAUAUUUACUACAUUUACCCCAUUGAUUGGCUGAGUAGCUUCAUGCAGGAAUUAAUUAAUCCAAUGGGCAGGACUGAGGAUCACAGGAUUUACAGCACAGACUUGCUCAUUUUCAAGCAUCAUUGCAGCAUCACCAACACCCCCAGUCAAAGCCUGUAACUUUGCAAGUUUUCAUUUAUUUUAGUUUCAUUUUAACAAAUAGGUAGAACCUCUUGUACACUGGGUCUGAAACAUUUCAGAUACUCUUUUGGUUUUUAUUAAUGCUGUUUUUGGAUGUGCUGCAGUUCAUUUCUUCCUCUCUCUGUCACCUUUAAUUGCUCUGCAAACUGCUCCAGGGGUAGCCCAGUCUCUGCUUUAACUCUUCCUUCUCUCUGCCUUUUGGGACAACUUUUCUGACAAAUCUUGUGGCUUGCAAAUAUUUGCAAAGAAUAAAAUUCAAUUUGUUUCAAAACUCA